CAGCGCCCAAGCGGGCCCUGGACGGGGAGAGGCCAUGAGGGGGAGGCGGUGUCUCCCUGAGGGAAGCGCAGGGGCCGGGCCUGAAGCUCCCGCCGCGGGCUGUGUCCGGAGGGUGCAUGGGGCGCUCGAGCCGGGGAAACGGGAGGGCGGAAGGUCGCUCCGGGGCGGGACUUCGGAGCUGGGAGCUCGCGGUCCUUCCGGUGAGGCGGGGCUCCCUCGGCUCUCCCCGGGCUCAGCCUCGCCCCUGCUCACAGCGCCGGCUGGAGGCGCGCGGGCCCAGUUUUCCAGAAUGAUGCCAAGAAAAAGAAAGCGGUUAACUCCAUUAAAUGCUGUCCAAAGUAAACCUAGCUUCUCUCCAGCUGACACCUCUGGGAGCCUGACAGUUGUUCUUGAUGGGAAUUCCUCUCCAGUAAGCAGCAAAUACUUCAGUGAAGAGAAGAGGACAUCUUCCCGGCUAGGGACAGACUUUUUCAACCAACCCUGCAUCAGCCUGGCUAAAUCAUUUCUAGGACAGAUUUUAGUUCAUAAACUUCCUGAUGGCAGAGAACUCCGGGGAAGGAUUGUGGAAACGGAGGCAUAUCUGGGUGGGGAAGAUGCAGCUUCCCAUUCAAAGGGAGGGAAGCAAACUGCAAGAAAUGCAGCAAUGUUCAUGAAACCUGGAACUCUGUAUGUGUACCAGAUCUAUGGGAUUUAUUUCUGCAUGAAUGUUUCCAGCCAGGGGGAAGGGGCUGCAGUCCUGCUCCGUUCCUUGGAACCUCUGCAGGGCCUGGACACCAUGAGGCAGCUGCGAAGUGCUCAGAUGAAAGGAUCAGCCAAACCCCUGAAGGACUGGCAGCUGUGCAAUGGGCCCGCCAAGCUCUGUCAAGCAUUCUCUAUUAACAAGAGCUUUGACCAAAAGGACCUGGCUCGAGACACAGCAGUCUGGAUGGAGCCUGGCUCAGAAGCACCGGGAGAGCAGGCUGUGGUUACUGCAGCCAGAAUUGGUGUCAGCUAUGGUGGAGAGUGGGCACAGAAACCACUGAGGUUUUAUAUACGAGGGAACAAAUGCGUGAGUGUUGUGGACAAGAAGGUGGAGAGCGAGCAAGGUGCUGCAGACUAGAGGUGUGGGUGCUUUCAUUAACUAUCAGCCCCAGACUCUGACCUGAUGGAAACGGCCAGGGGGUGGUGCUGGUUUGGAAGGUGUUUUAAUAAUAAAUGUGCUUUGUUACAAUGAUAUGAGUAAGGUGGGAUGUCUGGUCACUAGUUAGCCUGAGUGAGCCAGGCUCACUCCCAG